GUUUCGAAGGUCGGUGUUUCUUCGCUGAUUGGUAAAAAUCGCGUUCUUACUCUCACGAAGGGCAUACGUAUUGCUGAUUUGGAACCAACUACCCUACCCUCUGACUGUGAAUGGCCCUCUCUUGGCGAUAGCAAACCGCUACUCAACAGUAAUAGACCUUCUGGAGCCUGGGCAGCAACGAUAAGUCUUUCGUUGCCUGAUUCAAGUAGCCCAUUACAAAUUUCAAAUGCCCUUCCUCAGUCGUCCGAUUGCCAGUGCCCUUCAUCUUCACCCAUAGCCCCUACUUCUAUCUCGUUCCCCAAUCUGUCAAAUCUUUCGCUGUCAGAUGACCUUUCGCAGAUAUCUGCUCAAAAAUCUGCUAACUCAAAGAAAAAAAGAAGUCGGAUGAAGCGAAAUUCCAAGCAGGAGAGUUUGCAAAAUUAG